GUUCAUGUACAAUGUGAUGUCGGUUAAGUCGUAAAAAAAUGAUGCACCUACACGUGAUCAGCCGAGCUUCGACGUGAUCGACGCUCAUUGAAAUAAUCCAGCAGUCUGGAAGUCUCUUUCAGCCUCGUACCUCUCCAUCAACGCCUUUCUUGCCUCUGUCUUCCAUGUCUUCAAACGCACCCUCUGUGCCUCUCCCUCGCAGAGACAGACGGGCAACUGGCACCUCCGAGUCAAGCAGCAACCAGCCUCCGAUCUGGGCGGUGGCGAGUGCCGCUGAUGACGACACGGACACUCCGCUCCCAGCCAAGUGCGACCGCCAUAGUGAUCGAAGAGACGGCGUGUGCUGCAAAGAACUCAAGGGUGAGGAUGAGCGUAGCUUGGUAGAUCCGGACGUCGUCCGCGAUGUAGUCAUUGGCCUGUCUGAUGGUUUAACAGUCCCAUUCGCAUUGACGGCUGGUCUUUCCAGCUUGGGUGAAUCCAAGCUUGUCGUGCUCGGCGGUGUUGCGGAACUUAUAGCAGGUGCGAUUUCAAUGGGUGUCGGCGGAUUCCUUGCUUCCCAAUCGGAGCGCGAUCACUGUCGUUAUCUUCGCAAACAUACUUCUGCACGCGUAUUGCGAUCAUGUGCUGGAGAAAUGGAACGGGAAGUUCAUGCUAUACUCGGUCCUGUCGGCGUAGAUGAGAAGCUUUCGCGCCGCGUGGCCCAGAAUUUACUUUCCGUCGAAAUGGAAGGUACCUCACAGAACGAUAUCAAUGGUUCUGCAAGCGGAGGCGACAUGGAAUCAAACUCCCUUCGAUGGAGUAAGGAUGUUGGUGUGACUGCGUUUUUACUCAAAUUUGGCGAGGGCAUGGAGGAAGUCCCCACGAAACGUCUAUACAUAUCCGCAUUUACCAUCGGCAUGGGCUACCUCCUCGGUGGCCUAAUUCCUUUAUUGCCCUAUUUCUUCAUACCACGUGCGCAUGUUGCAUUGAUGUAUAGUGUCAUCGUGACAGGAUUGACACUCCUGGUCUUUGGUGUUGUGAAACAGCAUGUAAGUGGUGCAGAGGGAGGUUUCCGUGGGUACGCAUGGGGUGCUGUGAGCACCUUACUUGUAGGUGGUAUGGCUGCAGGCGCGGCGUAUGGCAUCGUUGCCGCCCUUGAAAGCGGAGAAUGAGCAUUUUCUGUAUAUCCGAUUCCCAAUUGUACAUUAUCCAGACUUUAGAGAAGUCCGCUUUCAAAAGCUAUCGAUACAGUCCACCGCGACGUAUUCUCAUUAAUGGCGACCCUUCCAUUGUCCCGUCCGCUAGGACCUUGAUUUCAUCCCGCAGAUUCUGUAUUUCUCCCGAGUAGUUUCUUUUUGUUCUCGGAAUUACUUUUCGCUUUUAUUCUUAUAUCCGGAUCUACUUGUUUCCGAAGCAAUUUUGGAGGAAAUAGAGACGAAUCAGAAUGACGGUAUCAACGGAGGCGAUUUGUUAAAGACGUGAGACUUUUGUAGGCGGUUCUCAGUCAAAUUUGGGCCUUAAACAGAAUGAAGUACAACAAUAUCAAGAUUGUUGUCGUUUAUGAGAUGUAAGCAACCAACCCGCAAACACCAUGAAGAAUGGUCACCAAUCGUCGCUAUUGGCACGUGUAUACGCCUUGGAUAGGUCAGCUCAAGAAUUCUCUGUCUUGUUCGGCAUCUGCUCAGUAUUAUUAGUGAACCCAUCGAAAAAACAUUCGCAAUGUAUUCUACAUAUGCACUAAUGCUAACCCCGCUACAACAGAUUCCAAAACCUAGGCGGAAAGCACAUCCUCAGCAAAGAGACCACUAGAAGUCACCCAAAUCUAUCUCAACAGAAUUUGCGACAAUACUCUCAAACGUCCGCCUUCCUAAUGGCCCUUUACCUGGAACGGGUGAGAUAGGGCGACUUCCGUUUGCCUCAGGGACGGUAAGAGUUGCUCCGAGCUUCGGAGUCCCUCCUGGAGAACCAGCGGGUGUUUCAACUUUCGGAGCAUUCGGUAUGGCUGGAGUUCCCGGUCUCGGGCUCGCAGCAGCACGCGCCUUCCAUGCUUUUCGCCUGCGUUCGGCUUCAGAAGCCUCUGCACGUCGAACUGCCUCUUGAUUGGCCAGCCGAUUCCGUUCGUUGAUCUUCGCGAGGAUAUCCUCCUUCUCGGGUUCCACGUAUCCUCCAGUCGGAUUAUCCAGCUCAGCGACCCGUGCAUCGAGCUGCGCAAGUUCCGCGUCGUCAUGGCGUAACAGAGCUAUGUUACGCCUACGCAUGAGCUCUGCACGGUCAAGACCCACAUAAGAUUUUCCGCCUCGUGACGUCGGCAAGUUACGCUCAAGUUGUGCCUUCCGUAAGAUCAUGGCACUGACUUCCGCUUCUGUUAAAGUAUGCUUGGGCAGGUCAACAUAUUGUUGUGCUUUCUUCUCGACGGCACGCUUCGUCGGGAGUUUGCACUUUUCGUGCUCACAAGUUAUCUUCAUUCGAUUGAAUUCGCCCUCACUUAUUGCGCCAUUUGACACCUUGUCCAUAGGGAAUGCUUUCACCGCAAGACCGUAACGCAACUCGAGCUGCGUGUCAAAGUAAUCGGCGUCGAUCUUGUAAGGCUUCGAAGCGGGCGGUCCAAUGCCUUACGGGUGUUCCUUAAAGAGCACACAACGUGGUAUGAAAUACUACGUACCCACAACCUCACAAGCCCGAUAUACAAGUUGACCGCCUUUGGGCCCGAUGAAGUAACGCACCCAAGAUCCUUUUACAUAUUCCUCAAACCACGGCAUAUAUGCAUAUUGCUUAAGCAGAUCCCUAGAGAGUUGGCAUUUCUGCAUGUCGGCGAACGUAGUGUCUUCUUCGACGGGGCUAGUAGUCUGGUUCAAGAGUCGCAUUUCACGUUCCUCUUCUUGUUGCUCUUUGCUGAUUUGUCCAUCUUCCUCAUCUUCGGAAGACAUUUCCAUGUCCAUUGGCGACGAUGAUCGGUCGCGUUUCGGCGAACUGACCUUCUAACAGAAGAACGUGAGUAUAUAGCCAUGUAGAAAUGAUCAACAUCAAGCACUCGUUUCUUUUCGCUCUUUGCUUUCCGUUUCGCUUUUAGUUCAUCAAGUGUCCGCGACUUCUUUUCCGUUGCCCCUCUUGCCUGAUGUACACGUUUGGCUGCCUUCGAGACGCUGUCCGCUUCACCACGCUGCUCGCGUAGCAUCUGAUCGAGAUUGCGUCUGUCUUGGUAGCGUUGAAUCACAUCCAGGCGCUGCGACAGGAUAUUUUCGCGUUCAAUCUCAGGAAGUGACAAUAGAUGUUCUCUGUCGGCCUCGUCUAUGUAUUUUUCUUCUAAAGGGUACGGGUUCAUGACAUCUUCCUCACUUUCGUACUCCUGUUCGGACUCAGACUUCUGUACAUUGGCUGCCUUUCGGCGCUUUGCCUGCUUUGACGAAGACGAUUUCUUGCGUUUCUUCUCGCUCGCGCCAGCAAGCUCAAGGAGUUCAUCGGAGAAGUCGCCGUCAGAGUCUGACAUUGUGCAGAUUACAACAGAACAGGAGAGUAAGAGAGGGUAUGUGGAGAGACGGGAGUU